CCCAUUAUCUGGGUAAAAGCUAGUGGUGGAAAGAUUCCCGAUCAUGCAUACUAUGCCAAUGGAAAAGCAAUCGGACGUGGUGACCUUAAUAAUAAAACGUUUCAUAAUAUAUAUACUCAAGGUAUACACCCUGGAUACGUUGAAGAAAACCAAGGUUUGGUUGUCGAAUAUGAUCAUAAAAAAAUAUUAUUAUCAGAAUACGAAGUAUUGGUUAUUGUUGCUUUGGAGUGGGUUCAUAUCUCACGAUCAUCUGAAUUAUCGAAUAUUACACCCUUCAUUGUUGGUACUGAAAAU